UUUAUCUGACUCUUCUCCCCAACAGUGUUUUUCUACCAGCAUGAGUUCGGAGUGCACAAGCUACUACAGCACAGAGAAUGUGUUUACGAAUGGCUCCUCGUGUCCUAAAGAAGGGAGCGAUCCGAGCGCGGCAUUCUGCUGCGGAUUUAACGACGUCAAGUAUUGCUGUGAUGAUCCCAACAGCUUCUUCCCUUAUGCGUAUGGAUACAUGUGGUGGCUUAGCUUUGGGGCUCUGAUAGGUCUGUCCAUAGCAGCGGUGGUCCUCCUGGCCUUCCUCAUCACAGUCUGUGUCCUCUGCUACCUCUUCAUCGCCACUAAGCCCAGUCGCCUUGACAAUGGCCUGCCGCUACGAGCACCAGGGUUGGACCUCAGUGAGGGCCCCAGCCACUCCGGCCCUGCCCCUUCCACUGGCCCCCAGGGCUUCAGGAAGCACUUCCUCAGCAGGAAGCUGGACUGUGCCAACCAGCCACCCGACCCUGAGAGACUGUUCCAGAGGUGCUUCGUCACCACCGUCAACAUGGAGGUCCCUUCGUAG